GUCAAAUUUGAGAAGCACGUGGUUUAAUGUCAAAAUUUAAAGGUCAAAAAUGACAUUUAAUUUUUAAUUCAAAAUAGAAAAAAAUAUUGUGCAAGUGCAAAUUUGGCGAGGAAACUUUAUCUUGAUUUCUGUGCUUAUCUCUUAAAAUAAUAAGAUAAAUUUGUAGCUGACAAUGGGUAAUGUGAGUGAAAAAGUGGAAGCUGCAUCGGUACCACAAAUAAAGGACCAAAGUGCUGCGGAGCCACCCAAAAAACUUAAACCUUGCUGUGCUUGUCCGGAAACCAAAAAAGUCCGCGACCAAUGUAUAAUUGAAAGAGGCGAAGAAUACUGUGGAGAUCUUAUCGAGGCCCACAAGAAAUGUAUGAGAGACUUGGGAUUUAAUAUUUAAGAUUAAUUUGAAUCAAAUUUAGUUAGUACCCAUGUAAAUAGUCACUUUAUAAUAGAAAUUGUAUUAUGUAUUUAUUUUGUGAUUUUAGGUUGGUCCAUCUUAUUUAUGUGACCUAACAUAACAUAACCUAAUAAAAUAUUUGUUGUGUUUGAAAACA